AUGCUCACCACUAUUAGUCUCUUCGCCCUUCUCCUCCCUUUGGCACUCGGGUCAAAAGACCAAUCUCCCAGCAAUCAACGACGUGCAACUUAUACCGACGUCCUUCUCAAAAGUGGUGAUCAGUCCGAACCAUCUUGUCUCGGAGCUCCACUUCCUCUCCAGUCUGGAGGUCAAGUCGUUGCUGUCGAUUGCAAUGAGACGGACGGAACGCAUAUCCUUCUAUGGAAUUUGUCCGAUGGACAAGGAGAGGUCACGGUUUCGUUGGGAGAUGAACCGUUUGCCAUUCAAGCUGGGGGGAGCACGAACGACGAGUCGGUUUUUUUUCUCCACGAAUACGUCUUACAAAUCCUGGAUUUACAGGCAUAUAAUUGUGAUUUGUAUGUUGGAAGGAUCGGGAAAUACUUGAGUGAUCAUCUUUUGUUCGUUAAAGUGUCGGCCACAAACCAGUUUAGAAGGCAUCCUGAAGGCGACGUUUACCCCAUAAUCGGUAUCCCCGUAGCUGCCCCCGGAUCUGCACCUGCAUCGUCCCCUGUGUUAAUUUGUCUCGGAGAUUCAUGA